GGUCCUCCGUUUGUAAAUACUGGGAUUAAGUACUUCACUGAAACAUAAAAUACUGCAGAAAACUACAGUGCGGGUCCGGAAAAGGAAAAGGAAAUGGUUUCUGCAGAGGUCACCCAGAACUCGCGGUGGCAGCCGGGACGUCGGCGGACUGUGUGCCUGCGCUGAGGAGAGGUGCGUGUCCCCAGUGUCCGCUCCGGUCGCCCGGUUAGGAAUGCGCCUCACGAACCCGGUGUGUUGUAUAAUAUUUGGUGUAACGCCAGCGGAGACCGUGGUGUGAGAAGAGUCAUGUUUUGGCAUCGCUUGUACCAUUAGUGUCUCGGCGUGCAGGUUUGAUUCAUUGAGCUAGCUGUCGCUCCGUUGAUUCAUAGCACGCUAGCUUGCUAGCCUCCGUCUGUAGCGUACCUGCUAGCCGGUUAGCUAGCUAGUAGCUAGUCUUGAGUUCGUUGCUGACCGAUCCAGUCCGACAGGAGAGGACCAGACAGACUGCUGAACCCAGCCGGUGUUUCCAGAAAGAGGAGGUGGUGGUGGCAGGCGGGGGCCGGGAGAACGCGACGGGGUGGAAGUGAGUCAGGAGCGGCUGAUGAGUUCAGACCAGAGCGGGGAGCCGCCGCUGCUGCAGGAGGAGGCUGAUCCGGGACCGAAGACCGGUGGGAAGGACGAGGCUCCGCUGGGGAGCGAGGGAGGGUCAGGCGGCAUGGUCACCUCUAAGGGCGCUGGUUUGAACCCAAAUGCCAAGGUGUGGCAGGAGAUGCCUGUGGCCCCCAGCGAGGCUGUCACCAACAGCCCUCAUUGGCCCCCCUCAGACAUCAGUGAGGGUUAUUCUGAGCCUUCGUCUGCUGGGUGCAAGCAGUACACUGUGGGAUUCACAGCCCUGGAUGACAGCGGCUCCACAGCAACAGCUGAGAUAGCAGUAAAUGGAAUGGACCCUCCAGAGUUGGGCUUUUCCCCUGCUGAGUCCACAACAGGGACCUCAGUGGAUUCCAAAGCUGAAGAACAGCCAAUCUCCUCUGAGAAUCUACGAGAGUCUCUAAAGAAAGAGCUGGAGUUUUAUUUCUCUAGAGAAAACCUCUCGAAGGAUUUGUACCUGAUGUCCCAGAUGGACAGUGACCAGUUUGUCCCCAUUUGGACUAUAGCUAGCAUGGAGGGCAUCAAGGUCCUCACCACUGACAUGGACCUCAUCCUGGAUGUGUUGAGAUCCUCACCGAUGGUACAAGUGGAUGAGAAAGGAGAGAAGGUGCGUCCUAAUCACAAGCGGUGCAUUAUCAUCCUGAGGGAGGUCCCUGAAACCACACCUGUUGAGGAAGUGGAGUCACUGUUCAAAAAUGACAACUGUCCAAAGGUGAUAAGUGUUGAGUUUGCACAUAACAACAACUGGUACAUCACAUUCCAAUCAGACACGGAUGCUCAGCAGGCGUACAAGUAUUUGCGAGAGGAAGUAAAAACAUUUCAGGGAAAACCCAUCAUGGCCAGGAUAAAGGCCAUCAACACGUUCUUUGCGAAGAAUGGCUACCGUAGCAUGGACAGCAGCCUGUACGCCCAGCAGUCCCAGAGCCAGUCCCAGUACAGCUCUCCGCUCUACAUGCAGCACCUCUACCCCCAGCAGCAGUACCCAGUCUACGGCAUCGUACCACCCACCUGGACGCCUUCGCCCACACCGUAUUUUGAAACUCCUCUGGCACCAUUUCCCAACAGUAGCUUUGUGAAUGGAUUUGCCUCUGCUGGACACUACAAAACCGGCUCCAGUUCUCUUAAUAUCACUCGGCCAUUCAACAGAAACCGUGUCCCCCUCUAUUCAAGAAAGAAUGUAAUAAAUGCCUUCAGAAACCAUGUGAAGCCCCAGGUGAGGACGAGCGACGUGAACCCAGCGUCCAUAACUCCUGUCGCCUUGGAGAGCCUGACUGGGCUGCGCAGCCCACAGCCUCCCGCCACCGUUGCUGCCGCCACUAACCCAGUCCAGACGGCCUCUGACCUGGGGACAGCGUUCUCUCAUCUCUCCUCCUCCUCCUCCUCUUUGGACCCCAGUGACGACAGUGGCAUGUCUGGACGUGGAAGACGGAGCACAACCUACAGAGGAACACGGAGGAGGCGAGAAGACGAACGGAUUGCGAGGCCUGUACCACUAGCAGAGGUCAAGGUUUCUCCACCCAAGUUUGACUUGGCCGCCACCAAUUUCCCACCCCUUCCUGGCUGCGUGGUCAGCACACAGGGAGAGCCAGUGCUAGAAAACCGAAUGUCAGAUGUUGUACGUGGUCUGUACAGAGACAAGUCAGAACAAGCCAAUAAAGAAGCCACUGUGAGUCAAGGUUCAGGCCAAGCCUCAGUCACAGACGAGACUGCGGCUGUCUCAAGUCCUGCCCUGGCAGCAGCAAAACCUGCUACACAACCACUUGGACCCUCGGCCCCCAGUGUCACUCGUCAGGAGAAGAGGGUUGAACGGGCAGAGGUCCCAGCUCCAAGAGCGACCCCGCGCACACCUGUUCAGACUACUGUCAACCCCUCCACCUCCAACUCUUCUUCCUCCUCCUCCUCCUCUUCUUCCUUCUCCUCCUCCUCCUCCUCCACACAGCCUGUGCCUAGCUCCAGGCCUCAGCCCUCUGCUGCCUCCACGCCAGCGACACCCAGCACGCCGGCCCCUGCUACAGCCACUAUUCCCGCCUCUGCACAGGAGCCACGUAAGCUCAGCUACGCAGAGGUGUGCCAACGGCCACCCAAGGACCCUCCCCCCGCGGCCCCAGCCCCAGCUCCCUCCGGCACAGCGCCAGGCCAGCCGUUGCGUGAGCUGCGUGUCAACAAGGCCGAGGAGCCAGGCUCCAGCGGCGGCCCCGGAGAGAAGCAAGAGAAAAGUCACGACAGGGAGGGGGGGUGGGAAUGCAAGGAGAGCCGGCCGCCACGCGAACGUGACUCUCAAGGCUACUACCGCAGCAACGGCCCCAGAGGCACCGGGGGCCUCAAGUUCCGGGACCAGAGGCGCCCGCCUCCGGCCCGACGCAGCUCCCCCCAGGGAGGCUACAGGCACACUGGCAAAGAGCAGAAUAUCCCACCAGUAUCGCCAAAGUAAAAACUUGAUAUGAAUAGAAAAAAGAUGUAUGAAUAUAUACAUGGAUAUAUAUAAUUAUAUAAAAAUGAAUAACAUAAAAGCAACAACAUUAUGGUAGCCACCUUCCCCCCUGGGACUUGUCCAGUGAAAAGCUUUUAAAAUGACAAUAAGACCGGGACAUCCAGGACUAAUGGGCAAAAUGACACCUGAAGAACUUUUGACGAGUGAUUUGAAAAGGAAACAAAAAUCUUGUUUUGGCCUCCGGCAUUAUGCUUAACAGAAUUUAAGUGCGAUUUACCUGGAGGUCAUCUCGUUUAUGCUCUGCUAAGAAGAGGUGGGAUGCUGGGCUGUGUAUAUGGCCCUCUACCUUGUUUUUUUGUUUGUUUGUUUGUUUUUUUUUAAUUUUAAAGAAUAGAUGUUGGUCUGCAAGAACAAUAUGCACUAAGAAGAAAAGAACAUGCAUAUAUGUCAUGUACAUAUACAAAGAUAUCACUAACACGCAAUGAGACAUCAGAUUUUUUUUUUCUCGUGUGCUUAGAGUUGCAAGUAUGACUGAAGGGUUGACUGAUGUCUGUAUGCAUUGAUUGUUAAACAAAAUGAUUGAAGUGCUACAGUGUGCUGUUGCACUAAUGUAAUGAAAUGGAUGAUUUUUUUUUUUUUUGAUUUUUACAUCAGAGAUUCAGAAUCAUUGUCCUGAAAGUGGACAGUGUGGUCUUCUAAUGUAUAUUAAUGAAAUGUGUUCUAUGGUGGUAUUUUGAUCCUGGUUCAUGAUUGGCUUCAGCCAUCAGAUAUCAGAAUCCGUUGAUGUACGCGCCGCAGUCAGAUGUGUGGUUUUGUUUGAAGCCGAAAUCCACUUUGGGGGGUGCUCACUGGCCUGUUAGCCACGGUGAAUCCGCUAGCCUGGUCCAAAGUUUUUCAUGUUAAGUUUUAUCUUUGCUAUCUAUCUGAAAUGUUUUGAGUGUUCCCACUCCAUUGGGUUCAGAUUAUUGUCAUGUUGAUAAUCAGUCAGGUUUUCUGUUUACAUGUUUGUUUGGGUUGUAGGGUGACGUAUUUCUUGAGAGAGAGAAAAAAAAACAAAAAAACAGAAGAGUAGGUUAACGGUAAGAUUUGACUGUUCAGUGCACCUGAUGGUUUAGGUGAGGUUUGGCUUUUCUACAUCAUCACAGGAUAUCCAGGUUAAGCUUAUAUCUGUGAAUUGUUCUUAACAAUGGCAUAGUGUCAAAAAUUAGACUGAGGAGUGCUGUUAGCUGAGGAUGAUAGCAUAACAUAUGGCAGCCGAGUCGUGGGUAUAAAGAGAAUUGGAACAUUUUUUUCACGUGCUAUGUGCCAGCUGCCUACGAUCAUAGUGUGCUAGGAUAAAGUUUUAAUUUUUAUUGACGAGGUCUGCUAAAUAAUGUAGUCUUUGGGGAAACUUUUGGCCCAGUGAAACUGGAUUUUGAAGAAGCUGUAGAGGUGUAGUUGCCUAUGCUAUAUUGUAAUAACCCUUCACUAGAAAUGUGUGUGGGAGAAUGUAAUUUGUUCUAGUUCUGAAUUUACAGAGGGAGGCUUUUGACAGCAGGUAUCCACCAGAUUGUUUUGUGCUUUUAGGGUGAGUUUGCUGAUUUGUUUUUGUUUUUUUUUUGUUUUUUUCUUCGUUUGUUUUUUUUUCUUUCCCUUUUUUAAAAAUUUUUGAAAAAAACAAACAGGUUGACUUAGAUUUUGAAGUUUGACUCACUGUAUGUAUUGCUUUUUAAAUUUAUUUAUUUUAAUUCUGAUGCGCAACGCUUUUCUCCCAAUCUUGGUAGGCUGGUUUCCCCAAAGUUGUGUGAAAUCGCAUUGGCAAAAAUAAAAUCACGCAUAUGACAUUUAUAUACUGUUCAAGAUGUCAGCUGAGAGAAAAUACUUGAUGCAUUGGGUUUAGUAAUGCAGUAAACGAGUAACCAAUCACUGGGGCUGUUAUUUCUUUUUCAUUAAUGAGUAUGAGCAGCUAGUGAUUUAGUAUAAUUAAAUAAAUGCACUAACUUGUUUUUAAAAAGAAUCUUACUCAUGAGUAAUGUGAAAUCAUUUUAGAAGCAUAUGGUUGAUGUUGACAGGCUUGCAAAUACCUACAGGAAUUGCUCCCCCUCCCUCCCCCCCUCCAUAUGUUUGGGUUAUUUUCUGUUCAUUUGGGUUGGGGUGGCAAAAGGAAAAUAUAGUAAUGGAUCAACCAAGUGUUUGAGACACAAUCCUAGAACUGUAUGAAAUGUCACCAAAAAUAAAUUAUUUUGAUUUGGCUUUCCAGCGUCACAUUUCUUUCUGCUAUCUGGUGUUUUGUGCACAUGACACAUCAACAGCAUCAAGUUGGAUUCAAGUUGUCUCAUCUUGAACGCCUGUACCAAACUGUCUUUUGUCUGCAUCCUGUCAAUGAUGUGUGCUGCAAGCAGAUAGAUUAUGCCAAAGAGUCUUACGAACAAUAAGGUCGGUUACGGAUGAAAUAAAGUAAAUAUGUAUCAUUGGAUUUCAGAUUUGGCAUUUGGGUUUGUUUGGGUUUCUUAAAGAUGUGGGUACAGGCCAGGUUCUGGUCUCAGUUUUUUUUGGCCUGUUUAGUACUCUAACCCCAACACUGGCUGGUUGGAGCCUCACUGACAAAUUAAUACAAGGCUGCAGCCAAUGAUUAUUUUCCAUCAUAAGUAAACUGCUUAUUAUUUUCUUGAUAAAUCCCUUUAUUGUUUGAUCUGUAAAAUGUGAGAAGGUUAAGGGAAAAAUGGCCAUUACAAUUUUACUAAGGCCCUAUUUCAUGUCUUUAUUCUCUGACCAACACUCUUCAAAAGCUCAAAAAUGUUCUGUUUGUUAUCAUAGCAAAUUCUCACAACUGAGACGCAUGGAGUCAGGAAAUGUUUGGCAUUUUUGGUUGAAAAAUGAGAAAUGAAUCACUGGUUAUCAAAAUUGCUCCCUUUUUUUUUUUUUUUUUUUUUUUUUUACUGUCAACUGAGAAAUGAAUCACCUGCUUGUUUCAGCUCUAGGAAAAAAGAAAAAAAACCAUUUGGGUCACAGAGUCAAAAUCAGGGUACAAGUGGAUAAUGAAGGUCUGAAAUUGAAUGUGUGUCUAAGUUUACAAAAAUUAAGCUUCAACAUAUUUUGAUAAUUGAGUAAUUAUUAAGGUCAUGAGAUUAAAAAAAAAAAUCACUGGUUCCAGCUUCUGCUUCUCAAAUGUGAGCACUUGCUUCUUUCAUAUGUGCCAUGUAUUCCUGUAAAUUUAACAUCUUUGGUUUUUGAACACUAGAAGCCUGUGAUGGCCAUUUUUCUUUUUUUUUCUGACAUUUUGUGGAAAUAAUAAAUAAUGAAUCUGCAAAAUAAUAAAUAAAUAAAAGCUGGUCACAAAAAUAA